AUGGGCGGAGGAGGAAAGAUCCCGUAUGAGAAAUACCCCAAGCACGUCUGGUCGCCGGCCGGUGGUUGGUACGCCCAACCCGCCAACUGGAAAGCCAACACGGCCGUCGUAGGCCUCGCCCUCGGCAGCAUCGUCGGCAUGGCCUGGAUGCUCAGCGCAAACCGCGAAUACCGCGACAAGAUGCCCGAACGCCACCGAUUCUUCCCCAGCCGAUACUGGACCAAACAGAUUCGGGAACACGAGCGGAAACAAGACCAGAGCAUCAUCGAGAAGACUCUUGAAGGUUAG